AUGAUUCGUAAUAAUAUCACUGCAUUAAAGGUUGUAAGGCAACCUUUAAAAUUUAAAAAUUUAUCAAGAUGUAUAUCUACUUCCCAGAUUUCUUUGAAAAAUAAGGGCUAUAAGAAUUAUCAAUAUGGGAAAAAUUAUAAAACAACUACAAUUGUUGCUUCUUCUGCAUUAUCAACUACUUUGUUGGCAUAUCUUUAUACAAACAACAACAUUAAUAAUAUUUCAAAUGAUGUUUCAAUUGAACAGUUAUCAAAGAAAAGUUUAAAAAUAAUCACUCCGCAAGAAGUCAUAAAACAUAACUCAAAGGAUGAUUGCUGGGUUGUAAUCAACGACAUAGUAUAUGAUUUAACUUUCUUCAUUAAAAAGCAUCCUGGCGGCCAAGAUGUGAUUGUUGGGAAUGCUGGUAAAGACGUCUCAAAUAUAUUCCUACCUUUACAUCCUCUUGACACUAUAGAGAAAUUUAUCCCUAAGGACAAAAUAAUUGGUGUAAUAAAUGAACCAAUGCCAGCUGAUUAUAUUUGUCCAAAAUAUGCUCCUGGUGAAACUCCUGAGGAAAUUGCUGAAAAAGAACGUUUAAAGACUUUAUUACCAUCAAUUGGUGCAAUUUCGAAUUUAUAUGAUUUUGAAUAUUUAGCAUCACAUAUCCUAUCAAAGCAAGCUUGGGCAUAUUAUUCUUCUGCUGCUGACGAUGAAGUAUCAUUGAGAGAAAACCAUUCUGCAUAUCAUCGUAUUUUCUUCAAACCAAAAGUUUUGGUAGAUGUUUCAGAAAUUGACUUAUCAACUGAAUUUUUUGGCCAAAAGUCUGAUGCUCCAUUUUAUGCAACUGCCGCUGCUUUAGGUAAAUUGGGUAAUCCAGCUGAAGGUGAAAAAGAUAUCACUAGAGGUGUUGGCCAAGGUUCUACAAAAGUUCCACAAAUGGUAUCAACUUUGGCUUCUUGUUCUAUUGAUGAAGUUAUGGGUGCAAGAGUAUCAGAAAACCAACCGAUCUGGUUUCAAUUAUAUGUUAACUCUGACAGAAAGAUUACAAACGAUUUAGUUAAACAUGUCGAAGAAUUAGGUGUCAAGGCUUUAUUUGUUACAGUAGAUGCCCCAGCUUUGGGACAUAGAGAAAAAGAUGAAAAAGUUAAAUUUUCAGCAAAUCAGAAAGAAUCAACAAAUAUGUUGAAAGAAGCAAAGGUUGAUGCUGACGCUGACGGUGCCUCUAGAGCUCUAUCAAAGUUCAUCGAUCCUUCAUUAUCUUGGAAAGAUAUCAUAGAGUUAAAGAAAUUAACAAAAUUACCAAUCAUUAUUAAAGGUGUACAGAGAUCAGAAGAUGUUAUAAAAGCCGCCGAAAUUGGAUGCCAGGGUGUUGUUAUAUCCAAUCAUGGUGGUAGACAACUAGAUUUCUCAAGAGCACCUAUCGAAGUUCUUGCAGAAUCCAAACCUGAGUUAGAAAAACGUAAUUUGGAUAAGAAUUUUGACAUAUUUAUCGAUGGUGGUGUUCGUCGUGGUACUGAUAUUCUCAAAGCCUUAUGUUUAGGUGCUAAAGGUGUUGGUUUAGGUAGACCAUUUAUAUAUGCCAACUCCUGUUAUGGUGCUGCCGGUGUUCAACGGGCAGUAGAUAUAUUAAGAGAAGAACUGGAGAUGUCAAUGAGAUUGUUAGGUGUUACAUCCGUAAAGGACUUAAACGAAGAUUUGUUGGAUUUAUCCGCAUUGAAAUACAGAAGUGUCAGCGUUCCACAUGAUGAAUUAUCACAAUCAGUCUAUAAGCAUUUAGCAUUCACUGAAUUCAGACCUGAUGAUGCCCAAUAG